AUGGCGGACAAUAACACAGUUAUAGCGGACACAAUCAAUAGCGAGGGCAACGCAACUUCGGACAGCAUGUCCGGACAACAGUUGAAUAUACCACUUGUGUUUAUUCGCGAAGUGGAAUUGUUUGGGAAACGAACCCCCAGUAAGGAGGAAUUUGUUAGGCAUGUAGAGCUUUAUGAAGCAAUUAGUAGGACAAUUGAACACACUCAUAUAACUGGUCUUCAACGCAUUCGUGGAAUGUGGCGUGUUUACCUAGACAAUGUCCAGGAUAAAGUGCAAUUGAUGGCUGAGGGGGUAAUACUUCGAGGCAAGAAGUUGACGGUCCUUCCUACAAAUCCUAACCGGUUCGAUGGUGAACGAACAGUUAGGGUUCGGGUCCAAAACAUCCCCCUAUCUGUUGAAGAUGGGAUAAUUGAGCGAACGCUUACUCUACAAAAUCUCACUGUCAUUUCGCACUAUCGCGAGAAACUCCGCAUCAGUGGAAAGCUCACUAAUUGUGAAACCGGUGACCGAAUCUUUAUUGUAAAAGAGUCUACAUUAAAAGCACCUUUACCCAAAUUCAUGCAAUUUGGGCAAUUUUCAGGCCGGAUUUUUCAUUUUGGACAGAAUGUGAGGCCGAAAGUACUCAAAUGUACAAAAUGCUUACAAGAAGGGCACGGUUUUAACGAGUGUCCUAAUGACUGGGUAUGCUUAUACUGUAAGCAGACAGGGCACAAGAAAUCAGACUGUAAUUGUGCAGAUGUGUCAAAUGGCGAGGAGUCUGACUCAAGCGUCGAGUCUGAUUCCCCGGACAGUCAAGAUUCACAGCCAAUUCUGCCUUCACAGUCGGAAACCCCCGCUCCUAAAAAUAGAAGCAAAAUUCCAGUUACUGGGUCGUCUACUCCAAUUCUAACCUCGAGGAAACCGGACUGUGAUAUAUUUAAAACUAGCCAGCAGUCCAUUGACAAAUACGUCACACCAAACAAAGGUAAAACCUCGUGCGCGGCAGAGCGAUCACCUCCCACGCCAGCUGAAGAUCUUCAUGACAGAACAGGAGUUCACACACAACGAGUGUUCAACGUUGACAACAAAUGUGUUAGUAUAUGUGUGUCUCAGAAUGAUUUGGAGUUUAACGGAGAGUGCCCACAAACCUUCUGUGACCGUCAAUGCGCAGACCAGCGCCUCGCCUCCCGAGUUGGUUACCCUGAUGGAACCGAAUACCACUGUGCACUCAACUAUCAUAACCGCACCGAGUACAGGCAAACUUGGGCUGUGGUACAAAAUUGCUCAAAAGGAGAGCAGCCGUACAUCAGUUUUUUCAAAAACACCAUGGAAUUACCAUCAAACAAUGGGAUCAUAGUGUGUGACAAGUGUAACGACAGUUGGUACUACAACAGCGAAGAAAGUACUCCUUCAAACACAUACCAUACCUGUACAUUAGAGAAAAAGAAUCGAUGCACUCCUGAGAACCAUAAACUCAGUUGUGGAAUUCCAUGGGAGGAUAGAACAAAGUCUGAUGGAUUUUGUAGAUGUGAUUAUGAACAUGGCUAUGCCCCUAUUGGUGGAGAUGUACCAUCGUGCUUUUACUCAAAGGAAGAGUGUGAUAUAAAGGAAUGUCCCUCAGGAAACGAGUUGGUAUCAAAUUACAGUUGUGUUUCGGUCUGUCCACAAGGGUAUUACCGUGACAACACCUCAAGACAAUGCUUGCCAGUUAACAGCGGGACAACCCAUCGUCUACAAGAAGUUACAACUACAGAAACAACGUCUGCACCCUCACUAUUUGCCAUAGUUAUUGGAAUCGUUUCCAGCACAGUAUUCAUUGUCCUUAUAUGUGUUGGCGGCACUGCCCUAUGGAUUCGAAUGAGGACCAAAACAGACGCAGACAGCUCUACGACGAAUACAACUCACAGUGGACGUACAAAUGACGCGCUAGAGGACUUUGAUCUGGUUACAUUUGAAACGAUUCAUCGCAAAGAGAAAACCGAUCCGGCCAAAACAAAUAUUGUGUUCGUAUCUGGCACAAGUGUUCGAAUCUGGCACAAGUGUUGGAGUACAAGUGUUGGCAUCUGGCACAAGUGUUACGUCUGGCACAAGUGUUGGAAUCUGACACAAGUGCUGGAAUCUGGCACAAGUGUUGUUAUCUGGCACAAAUGUUGUAAUCUGGCACAAGUGUUGGCAUCUGGCACAAGUGUUGGAAUCUGGCACAAGAGUUGGCAUCUGGCACAAAUGCUGGAUUCUGCACAAGUGUUGGAGUACAAGUGCUGGAAUCUGGCACAAGUGUUGGCAUCUUGCACAAGUGUUGAGUCUGGCACAAGUGUUGGAAUCUGGCACAAGUGCUGGAAUCUGGCACAAGUGCUGGAGUCUGGCACAAGUGUUGAGUCUGGCACAAGUGUUGGAAUCUGGCACAAGUGCUGGAAUCUGGCACAAGUGCUGGAGUCUGGCACAAGUGUUGGAAUCUGGCACAAGUGUUGGAAUCUGACACAAGUGCUGGAAUCUGGCACAAGUAUUUCACGUGCCGACUGUUACACGGGAAUCAACAUGGCCGACCGGCACCAGAGAGAGGAGUUUCUCUGGCCACCUGCUCAGGCCAGUACUCCAGCUGGGUCGGAAAGUCACAGCCCGAUGUCCAGUGCUGCAGAUUUGUUUAAGUGGAAAUCCAGCCAAGGCAGUCAUGUGCCACAAGAGUUUAGUAAUAUCAGUUCCGAUGCGAUGAACAACAACAACCAUCAUCAUCAUCAUCAUCAUGUGGGUCGCCACGAGAGCACGAGCAGUAAUGGUAGUUACCGUAGUAACGGAGCCCCAGGUGGGCUUCACAGCCCCGGCACACCCUUGACUGGGGGAGCCUCAUCUCUAGUCAUACCCCAGCCCUUGAAGCCCCCGCAGCAGAAAUUGCCCAAUAAGUCCAUUCAAUGUAAAAUGUGCGAUCAGAUAUUCUCCAUGAAGUCGGACAUGUUAAUUCACUGCCAGCAAGUCCACAAACAAGACAUGAAGACAUUCAGUCCGUCAGCAUUUCGCUGUCCCCAGUGUCAGAAGUGUUUUGCCAACUCGUCCUACUUGUCACAACACAACCGCAUCCAUGCCGGAAUCAAGCCGUACAAAUGUGAGAUCUGCGAACGCAAGUUCACACAGUUGUCCCACCUACAACAGCAUAUACGUACACAUACUGGAGAGAAGCCGUACAAAUGUCAGCACUCCGGAUGUGGCAAGGCGUUCUCCCAGCUCUCUAAUCUCCAGUCACAUUCCCGCAGCCACAUGACAGAUAGGCCCUACAGAUGUAACUCUUGCUACAAAUGUUACCCUGAUGAAGCUGGUCUUAGAGAACAUAUACCGAAACAUAGUGAGACGAAACACAUCAAGACCCAGAUCUGCAAGGUGUGUGGUAAGGCAUAUACCCAGGAGACAUACUUGGCACGUCACAUGUUGAAACACACCGGAGAGGGCGGGAAACUUCCGCUACAUCAGACGCCGGUCAAGCAAGAGCCCUCGGACCAUUCCAGCCUGGACGUUGCUGUUGAUUUUACUCGCAUUCUUGAUCGCGUGGAGAGGGGAGUGACUGAGGGAAGCCUAGCAGCGAUAAAUAACAAGUCGCCGACAUCGUCCGUAUCGUCGGCUUUCAUGCCGUUAGCUCAGUAUGCUGCUAGCAACGCAAAUUCUGGGCCGUAUCACUAUGGUUCUGGUCUUAAUUCUGGUCUCUCUUCUGCACUGAAUUCAAGCAACUUGAGCCCUUCCCUGCCACAUAUAUCUUCAAUGUCCAGUCCGAGGUACUUUCCAUAUGACCCGCUUGGGUUUAGGAAAUCGGACCCCGUGGAUCGACUUGUUAACGAAAGAUUGGUCAAUGAUAGACUAGUAAAUGAACGUCUAGUUAACGAAAGAUUAGAGAGGAAUAUGAGUGUACCAUCGAGAUCAGAAAACAUGCUAGCCAAUAGUUUCCUAAGUUUACAACACAUUAAGAAUUAUGCUUCACAGCAGAUGCAGCCAUCGUUUUCUCCCUGUCCGAGCAACAAUGCCCGACUAACAUGAUUUCCAAGAGGUCAGUCUAGGAAUAGGGCUAUAUAAUGCCAAAACAGUAUGGCAACGACUUGACUUUGUACAUGAUGAACUAUAUAAUAACUGUUGUGGACUGCCAGCUCAGCUUGACUGCAAUGUUAUCAAAUGAUUUUAGCAGAGACAAAUGUGGUCCUUGAUAUACCAGUGUACAUAUCAUUGGGAAGAUUGCCAGGCACUCGGCCACUCAAUACUGCUGGUUGUGAUUUUCAAGGCAGUUUUAAGGUGUUGAAAGAAACUGAAUAUAUCUCUGUGGAUUUAUAUUCAUGUUCUAAGAUGGCAUUUUUCAAUUCAAAUGUGGACAUUGUGCAACAGUUUUGACUGACAUUGAACUAGGUUGACACUAGUUUAAAGGGACUUAUAACAUUGAUUUUGUGUUGAAUGUGAGCAAAUAGCUUGUUUCAAUGAUAAAACAGGGAGUACUGAAAGCAUUAGUCAACCUAUUGAAAAUUUAAUUAUUUUACUUCAUCAUUUGAUGUUUGCUCAUAAAUGAAAGUAAAAUGAAUUUAAGUGUUAAGAAAUUGAUGCCAACAUCUAAUCUGUGAGCGAGUCCCUUUAAAUGUGAAAUUAGUUUUAAUGGCUGCAUUUAAAUGAUAAGUUGUUGCAGCUAGAUAAUUUACUAGUAAAUGUUAUAUCACCCAUGCAUGGUUGUCAUGUGUGAAACAUGGUUGUCAUGUGUGAAUCAUGGUUGUCAUGUGUGAAACAUGGUUGUCAUGUGUGAAACAUGGUUGCCAUGUGUGAAUCAUGGUUGUCAUGUGUGAUACAUGGUUGCCAUGUGUUAAUCAUGGUUUUCAUGUGUGAAACAUGGUUGUCAUGUGUGAAACAUGGUUGCCAUGUGUGAAUCAUGGUUGGCAUGUGUGAAUCAUGGUUGGCAUGUGUUAAUCAUGGUUGGCAUGUGUGAAACAUGGUUGUCAUGUGUGAAUCAUGGUUGUCAUGUGUGAAACAAAUACAAAAGCAGCAUUGUCUAAAGAAAUGGCUCAAAUGAUUACAACUGAAAUUUUGUUGUUGUGUAAUUCACUUUGUAUGUGUGUGUAAUUUUAUGUGUGGUGCUUUCUCUUUAUAGCUCCCAUUAAAAAAUAGAACUGAUGACCAUUUUAUCAAGAAUUGGAUUAGGAGCACUUUUAUACAUAGGUAUUUAAACAUUACAGUACGACAUAAAAAAUAUUACACACCACUGAGGGUCAUAUGACAUUGAACUGGCCAGUCAGCCCUCGAUGGUGUAUAUGGACUGAGGCGUUAGCCAAGGUCCAUUCACCUUCUGUGGCUGCCUGGCCGGUCCUUAUAUUGCCAUAUGGCUUGAAGUGUUAUGUUUAAUUUCUUAUAUUAUACCAAAUAUUUUCAUUCAAUAUUUUAAAAGCUUGUUUUAUAUGAUUAGUGAAUAAAGCAAAUAAUGCACAAAGAUUUAAAACUUUUACUAAUCUUUCAGUUUUUCGCUGAUGUUAAAAUGACAAAGCCGCACUCAACAGUUUUAUGAUGUCGUUUCAUAGAGUAUUUGAGGACAGGUCAAGACCAAAAUUGAAUGUAUUGCUAAUGGCAUAAAAAUGGAUUUUUUUUAGAAUACAGUGAUAUACAGAUCAAUUGACUUUAUAUAAACAAAGAAGGGACACAUGUAUAUUAGGCAUAAUAUUGCUGAAUUAUUCACCUAGGUGUGGAAGUGCUUCUAAGAUUCUUGACAAUAAUGAUGCCCAGAUGUUGUUUUUAUGACAGCCAGUUAAUUUAUGUUAAACUUUAAAAGUUAAGAAAUAUCAAAUUCAAUUGAAGAUGUUUUUUUUUUUCAAAACUGGCCACAUUUCUUACAGCAAGAAAGUAUCAAUAUUCAUUUGAUUUAAAAGAGUUUUGAUUUUUUCAAAACUGGCCACAUUUCUUACAGCAAGAAAGUAUCAAUAUUCAUUUGAUUUAAAAGAGUUUUGAUUUUUUCAAAACUGGCCACAUUUCUUACAGCAAGAAAGUAUCAAUAUUCAUUUGAUUUAAAAAUGGCCAUAUUUCUUAUCGAAAAAAAGAAUCAAUUUUAACUGUAUUUUAGACAGGGGAGCUGGCCCAGGGGUUGUGCAUGCAGUUAUCUGCAUGUGCAUUGUUCAGCCAUUGAUCCAUUAUGUUUCUGUAUUACUGUAGUUUGUAUCUUGUGGUUUAUUGACUGUUAUCUAACAGUAUUACAUAUUUUAUGUGACAUAACUUAGGGCUCACCAAAAAGCAUUACAAUUGAUGGUCUUUGUUGUGUAUUAAGUGAUUCAAAUUUCAUGUAUUGAUGUUCUUUAUCACAACGAUGAAACAUAAAUUUCAUGUAUUCAAUGAAUCACAUUGGUGAAAUAGAUCUUUUGCAUGUGCUAUUAAACUAUUGCUGUGUCAUUUAGCGUACUGCUAAGAACUUUCCAUAAAUAUUGACUGAAUUCAAAUUUUGAUACAAUUUGGGGUUGCCAAAAUGCCUACUAAUUUAUGUUUAGGAUUUUUGGAAUAGGAAUAUUCUUAUAGUUUACAUGACAUCUGUUAUGAAUAACAAAAUUAUUAUUAUACAACAACAAAAGCAUUAUUAUGCAAAAUACACUGUCAAUAUGAUAGAAAACAGUUUACUACAUAAGACAGGUGAGGAAAAAAUGUUUGUGCUGGACACUUUUUUUUGUACAAAUAUUAAGGAGACCGACCCACAGAUAAGCUAGUUCUCUGAUUAUGAGCUCUGUUACCCUGAAAUGUUUUUGCCUGGUGACCCCAUAUAUAUAUAGGUAUCAUUUAAAAGGCAUUUGGUUGUUGCUUAUUAAUAUGAUAAAAAAGACCGAAAGUACUUCAUAUAUUAAGCAGGCGCGUAGCUGCCUAUACGCAAGUAAGCGGCUGAAGCCACAUAAUUCUGACAAAAAUAAAUCAGCCAAAAUUGCAGUAUGCAUACUCGACUACAUCAUCAGAUCCUAAAACAGUCAAUUUUCCAGUACUAAAUAAAGCACUUCAGAAUACCCAGAAUGCACCAGAUCGCACCAUGGUUUCAAAAUCUUCAGAGGGGGCAUGCCCCCAGACACCCUUAGCACAAUUAUGAAUCCACAUGAAUAGAGGGCUAGCUACACCCCUGUUAAGACAUUACAGUUUUAAUAUUUGCUCUUUAUUUCAUCCAAAAUCAGAGGAUGUAUUUUGAAAUCUUUACAGCCUGAAAAUCUUUUUUUGUUAUAUCAGUUUCAGUAAAUAAUCCAUUCUGCACACAACCCUUACGAAUGAUACAGAAAUAAUAUGGUGUCACCAGGAAUUCUGUAAUUCAUUUAUUUGUGGGUCGUCUUCCUUGAACACCAUUGUCAAAAGAGAUAUUUUUCACUUCCCAUGUUAUUCAUGGUGGUGUUACUGACUUUCACAUUGAGUGGCAGAUAUUUUAUUUUUGUUCUGUCACUAUGAUUCCAAAUAUUCUAGUUCGUAACUGUGUGUAAAUUUGUCCAAAAAAAAAGAAGUUUCUUUUAAUGUUCUGACUUAACGUCUUAUUGAAAAGAUAAGCCAUUUGAAUAUUAGGAAAAAAAUAACAUUAAAAAUAAAACCUCAUGAUAUGCACAAGUAUGGAGUCGAUAAAACAGAAAACACAGCAACCCAUUAUAACCCAACUUCUGUAUUGAAAUGAACCCUGUAUAUAAUUGAUGUACAUUAUAAAUGUCUUAAACAUUCCCUUACCAAAACAAGGUGCAACCUGGAAAAAGCAUUUUGAUAAUUAUAAAACUCUGAAAAGCAUUAAAAAUUGCAUUAAAAUUGUAACUGUUGUAAUAAUUAUAGUGGAGAGAAUGUUCCGAAGUUUGUUAAAGUUAACAAUGUCAUUAACGACAGGGUUGUUAACUUUUAAACGUGAAAUAUUUUAAAGUGAGCUCGUAUUCUUUAACAAAAACAAGUACAGCUUAAACAGUUGCUUCAAAUCUUGUAGAAAAUAUUGCAUAUCACAAGAGUAUUCAUUAAACUAUGAGAGCAUUAAGAUCUGAAAGUUAGCAAUGAUGACGUCAACAACGUUUUCAACUUCAUCAAAGUUCUGAACAGUCAGCCCACUGAGUAUCAUGUGCAUGUAUUUUAUUCCAUGUCCCCGGUCAAUGUUAAAGAAGGCUUCUACUGUAACUGUGACUAAAAUGUUGGAUUUGUUUAGCAUCAUUUAUUCUCGUUUGUAUAUAAACACUUUUUUCAUAUUCAUAUUUAAUUGAUUUAGUCUGUACAAUGUCGGCUUAUCUCACAUUUUCCUCUACAAUACAUUCGCUUCAAGAAUGAUGAAAUGUAUAGUUUGAUAUUUCUAUUUUGAUAAGUAAACAUGUGGCUGGUAGUCCAUAAUAAUUUCAUGGCAAUUACAUAAACAAACAAUGAUGUUCCCUAAUGUUGAUUCUUUAAAGGUAGAGUGUUCAAUCUUUGGCCAUAAAAGUAUUUGCCUGAAAACAAUGAUGUAGAUACAUGAUGAAUGUCAUAGGAAGGGUCUGUAGAACUACCAUGGUUUUAUAUGCCCUCUGACCAGCUGAAAUUAAGAUCUAAAGUUGCCUUUGUAUUUCAAACAAAGUUACUUCCUACAAAUUUCUUCACAUCUUGAUUCAAAGCAAAAGCCGGACUGUUACAAGCAUUUGAGUUACUGUACAUUAAAGGUCAGUGUUGACAUUCACAUUUUUUCUGGCAUAUUAUUUGUAUUUCAUGCUUUAUAUAUAUAUAGAUAUGUGAACACAGUGUAUUUUGUACUUUUCAGCCAUAAAAUGGCGUCAUUUUCUCAUUUCUCACAGCUGUGUGCUCUGUAAAUAACAUGUACUUAGAAUAUUGUUUUGUAUCACUGGAUUUAAAAGGCCCAAAUGUGAGGGAAAAUACCUAUUAUUUUCCAAUCAAAAUAAAUUGAAUUUCUUCCUACAUGGAUGUAUAUCAUGUCAAAGAAAAUUCGACAAAACUCAGAUUUGGGCUUGAAAUCUAGUAAUGUGAGUCACAAUUAAUGUAUGUUGUACAUUUCAUGCAUCCUGUUGUUCUUUUUGUGUUGAUUGUAUUAAAAUAUUUAUUAUUAUAACUAAUAUAGUAUAAUUAUAUUAUUGCUUAUGAUUGCUGCUCAAGCUCCAUAUAUGAUAACACUUCCCACUGUUACUCAACAGUGGCUAAACUAUGAAUGUCAUUUAUUUUGUUGAUUUUUCAUUUGAUUAUUAUAUGAUUAUUAUGGAAUUGUUAUAAUUGUUGUUUAUGGAAAGUCUGUCAGUCUUAGAAGUUAAUGGUUGUAUAUAUAUUAUGGUGUAGUUUACUUGUUGUGUAUUUCUAUUGUACCCCAAAGAGGGUCGAAAAAAAUAUGUUGUGACUCUAAAUUAGACAUUACAUGUACUUAUACGCGUUGAAGUAAGACUGUACGUGAAUUAUAGUGCUAAAUGUUAUGAUCAGAAGUGCUGUGUUGUACAAUUGCACAUUUCAAAACAAAUUUUUAGUUUGUGGGAUGGGGAGUGGGUAACUUUUUAAUUGGCGAGGUCAAUGAAUUAAAAAGGUAAUCUUCACUAAACAUGAACUGGCUCAACUUUUUACACUUUACAUUUUUAUGACAAUUUAUAAUGUUAGUUUGCAAUUUAAAAUGGCCAUUAACAUUUGCUGAUUUUGAGAUAGAUAAAAAAAAUGCUCAAAACAGCUCUGUUUUUUCCCAAAUGGUAGAACAUUUGAUAGAGGCACAUGUUAAGAAGGUUCAAGUACAUGUACAUGUAUUGUUGUUAUUUGUUUUAUUCUCUAGUUCGUGUCUGCCUGCCUGCCAGUUCUUGAUGCAAUGAACAUGAAAUACAGCUUUGUAAAAAUGUUUGAACAAAUCUUACGGCUAAUUAUUGAAAAAAAAGUGACUUAACAAAAAACACACAAAAACUAACAUAAUAAAGAGCUAGGAACUUAAUAAGUUUUUUUAAUAAUAUAAGGAGGCAUAGAUUUAUGACAGCAUUAGAUAUUUAUUUCAAUUUUGUGCUUUGUGCUGCAUCCAAAAAGUGCUAUAAUUGUUCAGUAUGUGAGCCUCCUAUGUGGAAAAACACUCAAUAGUUGUGACUAUAUACCAUCAGCAUUACGUUCAUUAUGACAUGCUAGGAAUUGUUACAUAUCAUCCCAUCACCAGAAAGAAACUCUUCUUUAAAUUUUGCUAAGCACAAGAGAAGAUUAAGAUUGUCCACACCUUGGUAAUGAAUUAAAAAGAAGGUUAAAACAACGUCCUUGCAGGUCCUCUAGCUGUUCAUUACAUUUUACAUAAAAUACCCCUGGGUUGACAUAUAACAUGUACAUACAAUGUCCAUGGGGUGAAAUGUGUUGUAAAUGGAAUAAUAGAAAGAUUGCUAAACACUUCAUAACAGUUAGUGUUGGUUUUCUGAACAAUUAAGUUGACAGGCCUGGCGCAGUCCGGUGCUGACUCGUUUAAAAGACCAUAAAUAAUUGCUUAUUUUUUAGUACUCAGUGCAAAUUGCCAAUUAAAUGCCUCUAUUUAAACCAUUGUGCACACAUGCGUUUUUUCUAAAUGGAAAUUUGGAAGUUCUAAUCUGCUUCGUGGAUUUUGGAAUGUCAGAAUUCUUAUAAUGAUUAAUCGUGAAACUGUCUGGUGAUCCCACGGGGAGGAGGGGCGGGCCUGAACACUACUAUACCUGUUUGUGGUGAUACCACAGGGAGGAGGGAGGGGCCUGAACACUACUAUACCUGUUUGUGGUGAUCCAACGGGGAGAAGCGAUGGGCCUGAACACUACUUUACCUGUUUUGUGCACUUCUUUUUGUGUGUUCGGUCAUUAAGGUGCAAUGCAUGAGGAAAAUGUUCAAGUUUUCUCUACAUAUUCAUCUUGAAAACAUUUCUAUUUAUUUAAGUCACACCAAUAUGCGUGUAUCUCCCCAUACCAUGUGACUCUGUAUAAUCUGUUGAAGGAACGAACCUGAACACAGAAGAUAUUCUACAUCACUUAUUGGGCCAUUUUAUCAACAAGCAUACAAAAAAGAUCAGCAAAAUCAGUUGAAUAAUAAAAUAAUAACAAGCAAGUGUCAGAUAUCAAAUUAAAAUUUUAACUUGAGUUAUUUUUAUUUUUGUGUUAUUGACUACUUUUCUUGUCCCUGUGGUUUUAAUGGCAAUUAUUGUAGAUUCAAAUAAACAUAGUCCAAAAUUUCCUGUCUUAAUUUUCAAAAUUGAUUUCAAUAUGACUAGGAACAAACAUUUUGAUAUAUCAAAUAUACAAUAUGUUUGAUGACAGGAUUGGCCCUAUAUGGUAAAUCAUGUCCUGUUUUACAACCUCUUCAGUAACAUAUUGAUUCAGACAUGGAUUAUUAUUACAGAAAUGUUUGAAAAGGAGUAAUUGUUUGGGUUAAAUAUUAAUUCAUGUUUCUUCAAGCAACUUUGUAUUUUUAUUAUAUUGUUUAUGAUGGACAUCAGUCAAAAUGUACUUAUGUGCUUUCAAAAUAUUUAUAAGUAUUUAAUGACUGUUGUCUGCAGGCAACUCUAAACAUACUGCAGCCAUUUUCGAUAAUCUUGUCAAAAGUGCUUGUUGAACAAACAUCUUAAUUUAUUUACUGUUGGUUUAUGAGUGCACAAAAAUGCCCUAUUAAUCAUUUAUUAUUGAAAACAGAUAUAACCAUGGUUUUCAAAUAUUUACAAAGUACAAUGUAUGGAGAACAUGAAGAUAAUGAUUUAUGCUUGUUACACAUGAUAAGUGACAUACAUAGUGAACAUUAUUCAUUAAGAUGCAUAUAACAGACAAUGUUUGGACACUACACUUUUUCCCACAAGUUGUACAUUUAAGUAUAUUGCUUUUUUUUAACAUUCAUAUCAAAUGAUUUAGUAUUCGCAGUGAUUCCAACAAGAAUAUCAAAAAUAAAAAAAGUUAUAAAGAUCUAAGCAUAUUCUACGUCAGUUUUAGAUCAUCUGUUUUUCAAAGAAAAGAAAAUGAAGACAAUAUUGUGGCAACCUGGGUGUGACAGUGUUGGUGUUGGUAUUGAAAUUGUUCAACCCAGGUCAUGCCCAGCACAUCAGCAUUCUCUUAGAAGCAAGGCCCUUAAUGCUGGCUUCAAUUAUUGUCCAGUUACGUCCCUUGAUUGACUAAAAGAAAAUCAGAAAGGAGUGUUGGCUGUUUGCAGCAUUAUUAUAGAUUAUUUUAACUCCUCUGACUCCUGGCCCCAAUUUCUUGAAACAUCUAAGUCCCUAACAGAGUAAAGCAGAGCUCACUAGUUUUGUUUAAGUAUAUUUUGUGUAAUACUUACAUUCUUAACGAAAGAGUUUUGGAAAUUAUUUUUAUGAUAUAAACUAUAUUUAAUAUUUAAUUAAGUAAAGUCAAGUUAAAGUAAGAAAUCUGGCUAAAUGAAGUAAGUUACUUCGAGAAUUGGGACCAGGGUAUUUUGUUUACAUCAAACACUCAUGAGGUACAUCUUCCAUGUAUGAUGGUUAACUGCUUACAUGGUACAUGUAUGAUGGUUAACUGGUUACAUUACAUGCUUGGCAUAGAUUAUUUUUGAAACCUUUACAAGAGCAGAAUAGGGCAACUGCAGUACAUGAUAAUAGUAAACUAUUUAUUUAUUUUUUCAAUAUUUUUUGUAUUACAUAUUGUGACAAAAAUUUGUUGUAAAACAACAAGAAAGUUAAAAUAUUCACAUUUCCUUCACCGCUUACAAUGUCUAUUUAGCUGAGAAAAAAAUUACAGAAACACAAAAUGUUUAUCUUGAAUUUCUUUCAUAUUCAUGGUAAUUUUGGUGUGAAAAUGUGUGCUUACGGUUCCCAUGGUUACAAUGUUGUCUGGUAUGUGGAAAAGUGACUUAUGUAUAUGUAUCACUAUAGUUCUUGCUAAGUAAAUUGAUUGCUUUGUUAUAUGUAAAACAAAAUAAAUAUUUCAACCAAGUUGAAAAA